UUCAUUUAUAUAGACAAAGUGUUCCUCAGAAGUCUAAGACAAAAUGUUGUACUCUGCAGUUUACGCGUUUGUUCUUUUGUUUCUUAUAAAAAUCGUCAAUGUUUCUUUGGCUACAGAACCAGUGUGUUCAAAAUUUGCUUACGAAGAGCAGCUUUUGGAAAAGAUGAUUAGAACCGAAAUCAAGGUAGAGUCGAUAGAAAGUGAAAUAAAGAAAACUCAAGACUCUGUCUUGAACACCUUAGUCGAAAUAAAGGAGAAAGUUGCCGAUAUCAAUGACAGAUUUGAAUAUUUGAGAAAUAAUAUCACGGAAGAGAUGAUUGCAAAGACCGGGGACAUAGAGAAGAAGGAGGAAUUCUUCAAGAAUUCGUUUGAGGAACUACGAAGGAAUUUCACGAUGGCCAUGGAGAAUCAAAGGAAGACCCUUACAGACCUUCAAGAGGAGAUAGCACGGCCUUCCGUUGCAUUUUAUGCACACCACGUUACAGAUACAACCCAGGAUGUGACUGACGAGAUCAUCGUAUUUGAUAGCACCAUUACAAAUGAGGGGUCUGGAUACGACACGUCCACAGGCAUCUUCACAGCACCUGUAGGCGGACUUUACCAAUUUAAUAUCCAUGUGUGUGCACGUAACAGAAAAUAUACUUUUGUUGGCUUGGCAGUGGCAGGUAACGUUGUUGCGGCAGCCUCAAAUUACGAUGAAAACUUCUACAGUUGUAAUUCGGUAGGAGCAAUAGUGAGAGUGAAAUCAGGAGAACAGGUAUGGGUAAAAUGUACCUCAGCAGCUUCUAAUCGAAUGUUAUAUGACGACAAAUAUAGAAUGAACACCUUCAGUGGAAUUCUGCUUUACAAAUAGGGUAAUGAACUCAUGUGAUAUACUUUAUAUUUAUUGUAUAUUUAGUAGCAGUAUAGAACUACCACUUAUUACAUAUUGUUUGAAUAUUUCGGUUACUUCUUGUGUUACUUUAACAAAGCUCGUAAUAUUCAGACAGGGCAUACUUGAUACAAUAUUAGUAUCGAAGUUAGUAAACCACGCAAGAAAGUUUUUUUUAUUAUUUUGAAUAGAAAAAAAUCACUGUUUCUAUGACAAAAUCUCACUAUGAUUCGAUAAAGACACUUAGAUAAACAGGGUCAUACUUGCUUACGUGAAAUAAAAUUUAUGGGCCUUCUGAAAUAAGUAGAGUACUAUCUUCAGAACUUGCAGAAUAAAGCAACAAUAUUAGAAUUAAACCUAACUUCGCUUCAGAAACAUUUAAAAUAUAUGUUUUCAUUUUAAGAUACUAGUUUUAGUUAUAUAUUAAAUCUUUGUAUAAAACAAACGAAACUAUACCAAAAGACCAAAUGUAAAAUACUUGCUCUUAAACACUAACCACGGCAUACAGUGGGUGGUAUGUUAAGAGUCCACACUUAUUUAUUUAAGAUUAAAUUGUUUCGAGCGCUCGUGAUAAUAUGUCGUGCGCUCGAGAAAAUAUGUCGUGUACUCGAGAUAUAAUGUCUACGGUGGAGAUACGAUUUAUUGCGCUCGAGCUUUCAAAGUCCACCAUUUUGAUAAUGUGAUGCUGUUUUGUAUAUAUAAAAGAAGAAUUAAAGAUAUUUCGGUCGAAGUUAUUUGAUAUAAGAUAUGGGAAAAAACGAUCAUUUGAUUUAUUUCAUAACUUGUUAUGCUUAAGUAUUAUGUAAAGUUUCAUAUAUCUCGAGGGCAUGACAUCUUUUUCGAGCGUUCGACAUCCUAUCUUGAGCGUGUGACUAUGUCGAGCGCUCGAGAUAAUUUAAUCUAAAAAUGUAGCAUGUCUUAAAAAAGUGACUGAACUUUAAAUGACAUUCUAAAGAUUGUAUAUUUAUGUGUGGAGCAUUCUGUUACUUCAUCCGGCAAUUCUCAGAAGAUGUUAAGCGUCUUCUGAGCGUAUUGUAAGCAUUACCUCUCCUUUACAAUGGAUAUUCAAAACAUUACAUAAAUUUAAGGAAUGACGCAAAGCAGUAAACGCAUGCAUUCAGUAAUCUACAUGAUCUUUUUGGAAAGGUUAUGUUAAAGGGCUAUAAUUACAGGCGAUGCAUAGAAAAGAGUAUUUUGAGUUACCUUUCUUGGUAGCAAGGCAAAGACAGUGUAUAGUUAUUGGUCAGAAUUCGAACUUGUUUCUGAUUUAUUUCUUAUCACAUUUCCCAUUUCUGGUUUUAUUUUGAACAGUCCUUCAUAAGACAUAAGAUCACUAAUAAAUGCUUUCCUUGAAUUGAAAUUUGGAAAAUUAUCCAGAUGGGCAAAAGCUACUUCGUUUAAGUAAUACGAAGCUUCAUGGUAAAUUGGCAAAGGCGCCUGCCACGCAAUCGGCAGGCUGGUUUUGUUAAUGAAAAGAGACCGUUCGGUGAGAUGCCAGCUAAUAAUUGUACCAACUUUCUACCUGCCCUAUGUCUGGCGUUAAAAAUAGGUAUUGUGAAGUAAUGCAUGUUGUUAGAUAUAAUUAUGUUUAAGUGUCUCAUAAGCCGAACUUAGAAAAACAAACACUAUACCUUUUAACUUUUUACUAUAAAACACAUUAACUGAUAAUUCACUGAAUAGUCUUGUAUAUCAACUCGUUAGGUUGGUUUUGUACUUCUUAUUCAAAUACUCAUGUGAAUAAAUUCAUAUAGCAGUCCUUAAUCGUUUGUAUUGUUUUCAAU